AUUUCCCGACAAUUUUAGAUUUUUUUGUAGUUUUCUUUGAAAAAAAUGAGCGAAGAAGGAGAAAAUAGUUCAUCGACAUCGGGUUCAAGCUCCUCAGGAUCCGAAAGUGAAGAAGAUUCCAAGUUAAAAUCCGCUGUAACAGUAAAAAUAGCAAAUGUAGCGUUGGAUCACGCUCUCAAAAAUGCGGAUGAAAAAAUUAAAAACACCGGAAAGGAAGUUGCUGAUAAAAUUCCCAAAUCUGAGCCUCAGGAAGAAGACACGAGACGCAGCAACAAAGAAAAUGUCGAAAAAAGGAAGCGUCGAAGCGAGUCAGAUGACGAUCGGAAGCGACAACGAACUCGUCGGCGUAGCAAUGAUCGACGGCGAAGGCGUUCCGCGUCGUCUUCGAGUGACAGAAGCAACGAAAGACGAAGAAAUAAAAGUCCCCGUCGUGAAAGGCGAGAUUUUCGUGACAAAAAUGAAGUUGUCGGAAGUCGUUAUUACGAUCAAGGAAGACGUUCGCCGACAAAAUCGCCCGAAAAGUCCCCGGAAAAAGCCCCGGAACGAGUUCGCAAGCCUCCAACUGACUUGUUGACACUCAAAACGGGCGGCGCUUAUAUCCCGCCGGCGAAAUUGCGCAUGAUGCAAGCGAAUAUCACGGAUAAGACGAGUGUCGCGUACCAACGAAUCGCUUGGGAAGCCCUGAAAAAGUCCAUUCACGGGUACAUCAACAAAAUUAACGUCGAUAACAUCGCCAUCAUUACGCGGGAACUGUUAAAGGAGAACAUCAUUCGUGGCAAAGGCUUGCUUUGUCGCUCCAUCAUUCAAGCUCAAGCGGCGUCGCCAACUUUUACGCACGUUUAUGCCGCCCUCGUUGCUGUAAUUAACUCAAAAUUCCCAAGUAUCGGAGAAUUACUGCUAAAACGUCUCGUGAUCCAAUUCAAACGAGGAUUUCGUCGAAACGACAAGUCAAUUUGUCUCAGUUCGUCGCGUUUCAUGGCGCAUCUCGUCAACCAAAGAGUUGCCCAUGAAAUUCUCGCGUUGGAAAUUUUAACGUUGCUCGUCGAGACACCAACAGACGAUUCAGUCGAAGUUGCAAUUGCCUUUUUGAAGGAAUGCGGGCAAAAGUUGACAGAAGUUACGGGAAAAGGAGUCAAUGCGAUCUUUGAAAUGCUGAAAAAUAUUUUGCACGAAGGGAAAUUGGAUAAACGAGUGCAGUACAUGAUCGAAGUAGUGUUCCAAGUGAGAAAAGAUGGAUUUCGGGAUCACGUUGCGGUUAUUGAUGCAUUGGAAUUGGUUGAAGAAGACGAUCAGUUUACGCAUUUGAUUAUGUUGGAUGAGGCAACGGAUCCGCAGGAGAUAUUGAACGUUUUCAAGCACGACGAGAAAUACGAAGAAAACGAAGCAAAGUACAAAGAGCUCAGCAAAGGCCUCUUGGGAAGUGAUUCUGACUCGAAAUCCGGCUCGGGAUCAGGAAGCGGAUCAUCUUCGGGCUCCGGAUCUGAUUCCGACGACGAAGAGGAAGAAAAAGAAGUCGAGGACAAACAAACGAUCAUCGAUAACACAGAAACAAACUUAAUUGCUCUCCGUCGCGUGAUUUAUCUGACAAUCCAUUCGUCGCUCGACUACGAAGAAUGCGCGCACAAACUCAUGAAAAUGGAACUAAAACCCGGACAAGAAGCGGAAUUGUGUCACAUGUUCUUGGAUUGUUGCGCCGAACAACGAACUUACGAAAAAUUCUACGGAUUACUUGCGCAGCGCUUUUGUAACAUCAACAAAGCGUACAUUGAACCGUUCCAACAAAUUUUUCAAGACACUUACGAGACAACGCAUCGCCUGGAUACGAACCGUUUGCGGAAUGUUUCGAAAUUUUUCGCGCAUUUGCUCUUUUCUGACGCCAUUGGAUGGGAUGUUUUGCAGUGCAUUCGCUUAAAUGAGGACGACACAACGAGCUCUUCGCGUAUUUUUAUCAAAAUUUUGUUCCAAGAAUUGGCUGAAUACAUGGGAUUAGCGAAAUUGAAUGAACGUUUGAAGGAUGUGACGCUCCAAGAAUAUUUCGCGGGACUUUUACCUCGCGAUAAUCCCCGCGACACCCGAUUUUCCAUCAAUUUCUUCACGUCAAUCGGCUUGGGAGGUCUCACAGAUGACUUGAGAGAACAUUUGAAGAAAGCUCCGAAGCCAUUAGCGGCAAAUCCUGUUGCAGCUCCGAGUCAAUUGGUCAAAGGAUCAUCAAGUUCAUCCUCGAGUUCGUCUUCAAGCAGCUCAAGUUCAUCAAGUUCGAGCGAUUCUUCGAGCAGUAGUGAGAGUUCAAGCAGCUCCGAGGAUGAAAAACGAAAAAAGAAGAAGAAAAAUUCAAAAAAAGAGGAGAAAAAAGACGAAAAACGUAGAGAUGACAAACGCGAUGAUCGCAGAAGAGACGAAAAACGCUCUCGAGACGACAAAAAAGAAGAAAAACGCUCGAGGGACGAUAGAAAAGACGAUCGAAGACGAGAUGAUCGUCGUCGUGACGAACGAAAUGGUCGAGAUCGAGACGACAGAAGAGAUAAAAGUCGCGAUGAUCGACGGGAUGAUCGCAGAAAUCGUCGUUAA